AUGGCUCGGUGGCUGCAGGCUCUGGCGGUCGUGUUGCUGCUCGCCGCCGCCGCGAGCGCGCGUAAAUCCCCCGCCCCGAGCAAACACGAGCCCCAGAUCGAGGAGGUCACCGCUAAACAGUUGGAGAGAGUGCUGGAAGACAAGGAUUUCGUCGCGGUGUACUGGUAUGCAAGAAGCUGUGUAACGUGUGACAAGGUAUUAGAAGAACUUGAAAAGAUUGAUGACGACACGGACACGUUCGGAGUGGACUUCGUUAAGAUCAACGACAAGCGGCUCGCGAAGCAGUAUGGCAUCACGAAAUUCCCCGCCCUCACGUACUUCCGUGAGAAGGAACCGAUCAUUUACGAAGGAGAUCUCAUGGACGAAGAGAGCGUCCUGGAUUUCUUGACGAGUUUAGAAGCUAUGGACCUUCCUGACCGGAUAGAAGAAGUCAACCAAAAAAUCCUAGCGAAAAUCAUCGAGGAUACUGACUAUGUAGCAGUUCUCUUCUACAAGCCAGAAUGUAAGAAAUGUGCAAAGGCUCUGCAAGAGCUGGAGAACAUUGACGACGAGGCUGACCAACUCGGGAUCGGUUUCGUGAAGAUCCAUGACGAGGAACUAGCCGAGGAGUACAAUCUUGGAGACCUGCCAAGACUGGUGUACUACAGGCAUCAGAUACCUAUUAUCUAUGAAGGUGAGCUGAGCAGAGAAGAGGAUGUACUGGAAUGGUUGAUCGCUAACAAAUCUACCGGCGACGAAGAGGAUAUCAUUGAAGAUGUUACAGCGAAGACUUUGAAUACCUUAAUCGGGAAUGUUGACAACCUUGUCGUACUGUUCUACGACCACGGCGACGAAGAGUCGAUGACAGUUCUGGGAGAGCUUGAGAAGAUUGACGAUGACUGUGACCGCCACGGUAUUCAAUUCGUCAAGAUUGAUGAUAUUAAAGCAGCUAAAGAUUUUGGUAUCGAUGACCUACCAUCUAUCGUCUACUUCGAGAAGCAAAUCCCCAAUGUUUACGACGGUGACCUUGAGAAUGAAGAAGAAAUCUUGGAGUGGCUCGUCGACCAGCUCGAGAAGGACGAGAUUGAAGAUGUUACCGAUGAAAUGUUGGACCGACUUAUCAAAGAUGGAAAGACUGUCGCCGUGUUGUUUUAUGAUAAUAACGACCGUAAAUCACAGAAAGUACUUAACGAACUGGAGAAUAUUGAUGAUGAAUGUGACCAACUUGGCAUUGCGUUUGUGAAAAUUGAUAAUGAUGAAGAAGCUCAAGAAUAUGGUAUUGAAAAAGUCCCUACGCUGCUUUACUUCGAAAAGGGAAUACCAACUUACUAUGAAGGCAACUUAGAAGAAGAAGAAAAGGUUCUGGAUUGGCUCAAACACCAGACUGAGAGUGACGAGAUUGAAGACAUCACCGAUGAGAUGCUGGAUCUGAUCAUCGACAAAAUGCAAUACGUCGCUGUCCUGUUCUACGACAAGGACCAAAAGAAAAGUCAAAAGAUUUUGGGUGAGCUUGAGAACAUCGACGAUGAGUGUGAUCAGAAUGACAUCGCCUUCGUCAAGAUUGAUGAUGAUAAGGAAGCUAAAGAGUAUGGUAUUGAGACUAUUCCUACGAUGGUGUUCUUCGAGAGAGGUAUCCCUCACGUAUAUGAAGGUGACCUGAUGAAGGAAGAGGAGCUGCUUGGAUGGUUGCUACACCAGAAACGUCACAGCGAGAUCCCUGAGGUCACCGAUGAAAUGAUGGACAAACUUAUUGUCAGUACACCCUACUUGGCUGUGAUCUUCUAUGACAGAGAAGACAAACAAGACAUCAGGAUUCUUAACGAGCUUGAGAACAUUGACGAUGAACUAGAAAAGGAAGGCAUAGUCAUUGUAAGAAUGGACAAUGAAAAUGAGGCCAAACAGUACGGUAUUGACCAUCUACCAACACUUGUGUACUUUGAAGAGAACAUCCCAGCAAUAUACGAAGGAGAUCUAAUGAAUGAAGAUGAAGUACUCGAGUGGCUGAUCGAGCAGAAGAACAGUGCUACCAUCGAAGAAGUCACCGAUGAGAUCUUAACUGAUCUUAUUGAGGAGCACGAAUACGUGGUGGUGUACUUCAGUGGUAACUGCGAGGAGGGCGAAGAAUGUGACAACAUUCUUGAUGAGUUGGAGAACAUUGAUGACGAGUUGGACGAGACAGGUAUCAUCUUCGUCACCACUGAAGACAUCAGCCUCGCCAAGAAAUACGGCAUCAAGACUUUCCCUACGCUUGUGUUCUUCAGGAACAAGGAUCCUCUUGUUUACAAGGGUGACAUCGAGGAUGAAGAUGAGGUACUGGCCUGGUUGACCGAUGAAGACACGCUGGAGAUUCCUGGCAAGAUCGAAGAGGUUAACUCUAGGAUGCUGGAGAAGAUCUUAGAGGAGAACGACCACGUUGUUGUGUUCUUCUACAAAGAAGGCGAUAAGAAGUCUCAAAAGAUCCUGAGCGAGCUUGAAAACAUUGAUGAUGAAUGUGAAGAAAAAGACAUCGAUUUCGUCAAGACUUCCGACGACGGCAUUGACAAGGAGUACGAUCUUUCCGAAUUACCAGCUCUUGCUUUCUACAGACACAAGUUCAGAACUAUUUACGAGGGUGACCUGAUGCAUGAAGAAGCUAUCCUCAAAUGGGUGCUGGAACUCCACGAUUCCCAACCUGACGUCAUCGAGAACGUAGACAGGAAAACCUUGAAAGACCUCAUCAACGACGUCGAACAUCUAGCCGUGUUUUUCUACAGCGAAGACUGUGACACAUGUGACGAUAUUCUUGAGGAGUUGGAGACAAUAGACGACGACACAGACAAGCACGGCAUUCAGUUCGUUAAGUCCAAGGAUUCGAAGCUCGCGUCAGAUAUUGGUAUAUUCAGCUUCCCAGCACUCGUCUACUACGAAACAGGUGUUCCUAUCAUGUACGACGGGGACCUAUUGGACGAAUCUGAGGUGUUGGAUUGGAUGGUUAAACAAAAGGAAGAUGAAAGUAUAGAGGAAAUUGACAGAGACCAACUAUUCAAAUAUAUCGAAACUAAAGAAUUCCUGGCUGUCGUAUUCUAUAAAGAAGAAGAUCCAGAUAGUCCAAAAGUACUGAGACACGUGGAGCUAAUAGACGAUGAAGCAGCUGAAUACGGAAUCAAAAUAGUAAAAUGUAGCGAUCGGUUGAUGGCGAAGAAAUAUGGGUUCCGUAAUCCGCCAGGUAUAACUUACUUCAGGAAAACAAAGGCGAUCAACUACGACGGCGACAUUGACGACGAAGAAGAAAUACUUGACUGGUUGACGAAUCCUGAGAACAUGGAACUGACUGACCAUAUCGAAAAAGUCAACAGGAAAAUGUUCCAGAAGAUCAGACAGACUUCGGAUUACGUAGCGGUAUUCUUUUACAGUAAUGACUGCAAACAGUGUCCUAAAGUGCUAGCAGAAAUUGAGCACAUUGAUGACGAUGCUGAUGAUUCUGGUAUCAACUUCGUGAAGAUUGAUGAUAGACAGAUGGCCAAGGAAUUUGGAGUAUUCGCUUUGCCUGCUGUCUUGUUCUUCAAGAUGGGUUCAAAAGAUCCUGUUAUUUAUGCUGGAGAUUUAUAUGAUGAACAACAAUUAUUAAGUUGGUUGUUAACUCAGAAGAAUCCAGCAGGUGACGUUAUAGAAGCCCUCGAAGGACAAGACCUUCUAGACUUAAUCGAAGAGUCCGGAUCAUUAGCAGUUUACUUUUGGAACAAAACGUUGUGUGAAAUGUGCUCUUCGAAAUUGAUGAAAAGGUCAUCGAAAAAGAAAGUUGUAGAACACGAGGAGGAUGAGGGACUGGAUUCAGAGGAUAGCAUGGACUGCGAACAAUGCGCUGGAAUAUUGGAAGAGUUAGAGAACAUCGAUGAUGAUUGCGAUAGACAUGAAAUCAAAUUCGUUAAGACACAAGACUAUUCUAUAGCAGAAUCUUAUGGAGUAACAGAUUUCCCAGUUCUGGUAUACUUUGAAAAUAAUGUACCGAAUGUGUAUGAGGGAUCUCUGGCUGAAGAAGAGGAAGUGCUUCAGUGGUUGAUUACGCAGAAAACAGAAGAUCGUAUCGAACUUAUUACUCGAGUUAUGUUAGAAAACAUGGUUGAAGAAACGCAGUAUUUAGCUGUAUAUUUCUACAAAUUGAACUGCCAUAUCUGCGACCAUAUUCUUGAAGGACUUGAGAGUAUAGACGAUGAGUGUGAUGUCUACGGUAUACAUAUGGUAAAGAUUCAAGAUCCGCAACUGGCAAAGAGAUAUUCAAUCAAAACUUUCCCAGCAAUGGUUUACUUCAGGAACGGCAACCCUCUUCUAUUCGAAGGUGAUUUGCAAAAUGAAGAGUCCAUUUUAGAAUGGCUUAUUGACGAUGACAACAGAGAGUUAGCUGAUGAAAUUGAGUCUGUCAAUGAAAGAAUGUUAGAGAGAUUACUUUAUGAGUCACAUCUUUUGGUCGUCUUCUUCUAUGACGACGAAGACUGUGCAGAGUGUGAAGAAAUUCUCGAAUCUUUAGAACAAAUUGAUGGAGAGGUUGACCAAUUUGGUAUUGAUUUCGUCAAAAUCGCCAGCCAAGAAGCGGCUGCAACAUACAACAUUGUUAACAUACCUUCUCUAGUAUACUUCCGUAAGCAAAUACCGAUGUUGUAUGAUGGAGACCUCCAUCAAGUGGACAGGAUCUUACAAUGGUUGACAUCUCAGGACGUCUUUGAAAUCAAAAACGAAAUUGAGGAAGUAAAUCGUAAGAUGUUGGACAAAUUGUUAGAGGAGAACGAAUUCUUGGCUGUAUACUUCUACGAAAAAUCUGCUGAAAGUCGUGCUGUUUUGGACAAAUUGGAAAAUAUUGACAGUGAAACUGAUAACUUGGACAUUACUUUCGUGAAGAUGCAAGAUCCACGAUACGCUCGCAAGUGGGGAGUUACCAAGUUGCCGGCUAUUGUGUACUUCAGGAAGAGAUUCCCUAGUAUAUACAGAGGAGACCUCAUGUCUGAAGACGAAGUACUGGAGUGGCUCCGAAAGAACAGGUUCCGGCAGCCUGAACUAAAUAUCUUCAUGUACGCUCUGAUAGCGCUGUCAAUAGCGUUUGUGAUGUACACGGCCUUCCUACUGCAGUGCUUCAAGCCUGCCCCGCCCGCGCCCGCGCCGCAUCCGAAGCAGGCGUGA